CUGUUGGCAAUACUGGGAAACUAUUUGAAAAGCAGUUCAGUUUGUUUAUUUUUACUUAUUAGAAAAGCAAUUGAUUUUCCGUCUUUACGGCAGUUUACGGUUAGUUUCGUUUUUCCGAUGUGAAUCUCAAAUUCGAUCAUGGUGCGCGUCCUCUGACCUGGUUGAAUGAGUCCGGGUGUAAGUUGCAUGGGUUGCAUUUAAAAUUUUACAGAGGUGACAGUUGACGAUCAGCUGUCGUUGGUAGCAGAAGCACAACGCGUCUCCUUCGUAGGUUAUGUACAGUCGUAUCAGAAUUUAAUAGGAAUAUUAAAAUAAUGAGUAAGCACAGUGUGAAGAAUCGGAGCAGCAAUGCCAGCAAAAAUAAAAAGCCCAUCAAGUUUGAGGUAUUACAGGCUCCGCAGAAGUCGGAGCGAGAUUUGAAGGAGUACAAAGUGAUAAAGUUAGAGAAUGGUCUUACAGCCUGCUUAAUAUCAGAUGUGUUACAGGAAGCUGCUGGAGACAAUGAAAGCAGUGAUGAGGAUUAUGGUGAUACUGAUUCUGACUGUGAGACUGAAUCAGAUGAGGAGUUGGAAGAAGAGGAGGACGAAGCAGUGUGCUCUGGGGAUGAAGAAGAUUGCAUGAAGAAAGUGUCAGAGGCAAAGCAGAAGAUGGCUGCUACUGCUCUGUGCAUUGGAGUGGGAAGUUUCAGUGAUCCUAAGGAGGUUCCAGGUAUGGCCCAUUUUUUGGAGCAUAUGGUGUUUAUGGGCAGUGAAAAGUACCCCAAAGAGAACGAUUUUGAUAAGUUCAUAACAAAGAGGGGUGGCUCUGAUAACGCGUCCACUGAUUGCGAGACGACGACGUUUUAUUUUGAAUGCUUAGAGAAGUAUCUAGAGAAAAGUUUAGAUAAGUUUGCUCAAUUCUUUGUCUCACCUCUGCUGAAGAAAACUUCUAUGACAAGGGAACGAGAAGCUAUAGAUUCCGAAUUUCAAAUGGCCAUUCCAAGCGAUUCAUAUAGGAAGGAGCAGCUGUUGACCAGCUUCUUCAAUCCGAGUGUUCCCGUAAAUCAGUUCAGCUGGGGAAAUCUUAUUACGCUGAAGGACAAUGUGGAUGACGAUAAACUGUACAAAGCUCUGCACGAGUUUAGGAAGCGACAUUACUCUGCUCACCGUAUGACCCUUUGCAUUCAGGCCAGAUUACCGAUGGAAACUUUGCAGAAUUUCGUGAUGGAAUAUUUUAGUAACGUGCCUAGCAAUCAGUUGCUACCGGAUAAUUUCAAGCAGUAUUCAGACAAGAUAUACGACACGGAAAUGUUCAACAAAAUCUAUUAUAUUAUACCAAUGAAGAAUGUAGUACAGGUCGAUCUGAUCUGGGCAUUGCCUUCGCUUCUCCACUUGUAUAAGAGUAAACCACACCAGUACAUUUCCUGGCUUUUGGGGGAUGAAGGUAAAGGGUCUUUGAUGUCUUAUUUGAGGAAGAAGGUUUGGGCCAUGGCUAUAUACACUGGUAACGGGGAGACCGGAUCAGAGCACAACUCGAUGUACGCAUAUUUUACUAUUAACUUGGUAUUGACGGAGAAGGGUUUGGAGCAUUUUGAAGAGCUUGUGACGGCUGUUUUCGCUUACAUCAAUUUGCUGAGGAAGGUCGGACCUCAGGAGAGAAUUUUCAAGGAGAUACAAACUGUGGAGCAAACGUCGUUCACCUUUGCAGAUGAGAAACUUGCGUGCGAUAUGGUCGAGAGCGUAUCAGAGAAUAUGCAGUUUUAUCCAAGCACAGAUUACCUGACUGGUUCGGAACUGUACUUUGAGUAUAAACCGGAUGAUAUCCAGAUGGUGCUCAACUAUCUGCGACCCGAUAAGAUGAACGUGAUGGUUAUGAGCAACAACAUGCCCGCGGAAAUACACUGCGACCAGGAGGAGCCUUGGUUCAAAACACAAUUUGCCGAAAAAGAUAUUCCUAAUAAAUGGUUGGAGACUUGGACCAACGUGGAACCAUAUCCAGAGUUUUCGCUGCCAUCGCCGAAUCGCUUUCUGACUACGAAUUUCUCUCUUUUACCAAAAACCGGCACAAACCCUGAAUAUCCUGUAAAAGUGUUGGAUAAUAGCAAGGUGGAGCUUUGGUAUAAAGUCGAUGAGAAGUUCGAUACGCCUACUGCUUUCUAUUUCUACAAUCUGAUCAGCCCCAUAGCCAUGGAGUCGCCCACGAAUGCUACGAUGAUGGACAUGUUCAUCUCUCUUUUGACCAUGCAAAUCACCGAAGAAGCGUAUCCGGCGCAAGUUGCCGAUUUGCAGUACACUUUCUCCGUUAGCGACAAAGGAAUGUCUAUCAAGAUGAACGGCUUCGAUGAAAAGCUGCCAAUCCUUUUGGAAUUAAUUACUGAAUAUUUGGUGCGCGUUGCAGAAAAUAUGACCGUCGAGAUGUUCAACGCCGUUAAGCAGAGCAUGAUAAUGAUAUAUCAUAACAAAUAUUUGAAACCGUCCAAUUUGAACAAAGAUAUGCGAUUGUCCUUGCUGCUGAGUCUGUAUUGGACGAGCCUAGAGAAGCGCGAGGCAGUGGAUAAGGUCGAUUUCGAUAUGAUGAAAACUUUCGCCAAGAGUUUCUUGAAAAAUCUGUACAUUCAGGCUUUAAUUCAAGGAAAUGUUACGGAAAAAGUUGCUGUGGAAGCCACGCAGAAGUUGAUCGAAACCAUUGGGUACGAUGUCAUCAUGCCGAGCACCUAUCCUAAAAUCCGAGUUGUGGAAAUGCCCAAAGAGGAGCACUGCCUGAGAGUAAUGUCCUUUAAUCCGGAGGACUGCAAUUCGUAUGUGACGAACUAUUACCAGUCGGGACCAUUCUCGGUGAAGAACAGUGUGAUUAUAGAUCUGAUUAUGAUGAUCAUCGAAGAGCCAUUGUUCGAUGUUCUCCGGACGAAGGAACAAUUGGGUUACAACGUGUUCUGCGCCCUCCGAGAUACCUUCGGCAUUUUGGGAUUCUCGAUAACGGUGAACACGCAGGCGACGAAACAUACUACCGGUCACAUUGAUGGGCGCAUCGAGGCGUUCUGCAAGCACGUGCAGAAGCUGCUGAAAAAGAUGACGGACAAAAAGUUCAAUCAAUUCAAACGCGAUUUAAUUAAAGUGAAACAAUGCUCGGACACGUUGCUGAAAGAGGAGGUCAGCCGGCAUUGGAACGAGAUCAUAAGCCGCGACUACAUGUUCAAUAGGGUGAAGCUCGAGAUCAAAGCCAUCGAAGAGUUGAAGGCCAGCGAGAUGAAGAAGUUCUGGGAAGAGCACUGUACGCACGGCAAUCGCAAUAAUCUUAAGAAACUCACUAUACAGGUGAUCGGACAUAAAAGUAAGGAGACCGCCGUCGCUCCAACUCCAAACAACUACAAUUUGAAUCUGAUAAGCGAUCUCAAGGAGUGGAAGGAAUUGCCGAACGAGGACUAUUACAUUAGGAACAUAGAGCAGUUCAAGCACAACCUGUACUUGUAUCCUUCCAAGUCGUCCCAAAACGUGCACUAGUUAACUCGCAAUAUUCACUGUAUUUUAAUUGUAAAACAUACACAUGUAACGUCCGCUCAAUUUAGUAAUCAAGAGAAAAUGAGAUUGUGAGAGAAAGCGUGAGGCGCGAUGGAGUCGCGACGGUAUGAGAGACAAGCGAGUGAUAGGAAAAUCCCAAAAUUCAGACUGAGAUUUUAGACGCAUUUUUAUGAUAAUUGUUGGCCUGCAUUUAUUGGUAAUAAACAAAAAAAGAAGGUUAUUAGGAGAGAAAUCGUCUCCUGUUUGCAAACCACUCCUAAACCCCCUAAAACGAGCGGAAGUUGUAGCGUCCAUGCAGGUCCGGCUCGCGCGGGAAAUCAUCAACCUCCAUGGGCAUCGUCUCAGAUUCGACCUCCACGUCUCGUAACUGCACGUACUGGGCCGCCAUCUGCAUGCACUUGCCGCUAUACUCGAUGGCGAUUUCGUUGAAGGAGACCUUCUUUGGAGAAGCCGCCGCCCCCUCCGUUGCAGCUCCACCGCAACGUAGCUUCAACUUCUGCAUC